AUGGCCAUUUCCCAAGCCUUGAAGCUUCUUGUACUCGUCAAUACCUUGGAAUUUGUGUUGUCCUGUGGCGGCGGAGGAGGGCCAUCCCCAUGCUCGUGGACCACCUGCCAACACCAAUGGAGAAACGAUUGGGGACCUUCGGUACCCCAGGGAAAUUGUGUGAGGCAGCAUCGUAAUGCUCACCAUAUCACUAGCACUCAUAAUGGCAAGUCUCCUUGUCCGUCUCCGUCACAUUGUAGUCCAAGCACGCAGCACAGAACAUUAUGUUCCUGUAAAAAUGCUUACUACUGUCCGUUCCACGCAUGGUCUGGUUGGUCUGGAUCAGUUCCCCAAGGAACAUGCCAACGUCAGAGUCGUUACCGCGACUACAAUCAACAUACCAAAUACGACAUUAGAAACAACAAUUGCAAUGGUAUCGCAAGCAGUUGUGGAAACCGAGAGUACAACUAUAGGAACUGGUGUUCAUGUAGGUACGCGACUUGCUCCCUCGGUGGAUGGACCAAUUGGGUGGAUCUUUCAACUCCAGUCGAUGGACACUGUGCCUCCCAGCGCCGAACCAGGAGCUACACUCUCACUUGGCGAUAUACUGAAAGACGAGACAACUGCAAUGGUAUUGGACCACAGUCAUGUCCAUCUCCUCAAUCACAAGACAGAGAAAAAGUUGUCACUUGUCCUGCCCUUGGAAAUCCAUCACACGGGAGCUGGGACCGAGAUGAUUGUCGAGCUAACCCGCAAGUAUGUAGGUCAGUUUGUCUCCUUCGAUGUGACGUUGUCAAUGGCUUUCAGCUGGAAGGCCCGUCCCAGCGCACAUGUCAGGCAAACGGUCAAUGGUCCACGCCCUGGAGUUCAUAUUGUAAAGACGUUCGACCCCCCACCAUUAUUUGUCCCAAUUCGAUUUCCGUGUCCACGGAUCCUCGCAAAGCAACUGCUAAAGUUUGCAUACCCAAAGCCACUGCCAGCGAUAACAGCGGUCAGCAGCCGGUGAUCACCACAAGCGUAGGUGCUGGGAGUAAAGAUUUCAUAGCCCAAUCAGCACCACACGAAGUGGUGUAUACUGCAAGAGAUGCAGCAGGUUUGGAAUCAAGAUGCACACUUCAAAUAACAGUGUCAGAUACUGAGCGGCCUGGUGUUGCAUUUUGUCCAAGCGACAUUAAAAGGGAAAGCGCAAAUGCAGUGCGGGUCACGUGGGAGUAUCCAAGAUUCGAAGAUAACCUUGACAAGCCCCCAGUUCAGCUUCUAAUCUCGAGCAAUAGAAAUCCGGGAGUUGAGUUCCCGUGGGGUAUAUACCCAGUGAUUUACGAGGCCUCCGACAGGGCAGGAAAUAAGGCUAAAUGUGAAUUUACCGUGGAAGUUGGGCCGGUACCAUGCAGGUAUUACGAUGCUCCGGCGUAUGGAAUACGAGCCUGCAAUAAGAAUACAUCGGAUUCUAACGGUGUGAGAUACGAAAUGAUUUGCGUGAUUCAGUGUAAACAGGGAUACGGAUUUUCAGAUCCAACGACACCAAAUACCUAUUGGUGUCGAUCUGAUGGAGUGUGGACGAAGCUCUUCAACGGAAUAGCACAUAUUCCAGUCCCCGAUGGUCAACGACCGUGGCCUGAUUGCUCGCCCCAAGAAAGUGUAGCCGGUGCCCAGAAGAACUUCACAUUCUACACUGGUUCUUGCGCAGAUAACGAGCAGGAGGCAUUGGCGCAAAUCCGACUGAACUUCUUGCACGCUGUGCAAAACAGCCCCCUAGCUAACUUCGCUCUGUGUGACGUCAGUCAAGGGCAGGACUGUGUGGUCGAAAACGUGAAGGUGUACUGUGGACAGAACUCCAGAAAGAGAAGCGUAGGUGGAGAACGCGUUAUCACAUUUGAUUUUGUAAUCAAGGACAUGAAAGCCUCGUCAGAUCCAAAGGAAGAAGCAAUUAGAAUCGCAAAGAUAAUGAAAGAUCUGGACAUUUUGGAAUCGUAUGUGACAAAAAGUUUUGCAAACGAUGCACAGAUGCCUGGAAUGCAAAUAUCAGCAGCUGCCAGUUCAGCUGCUUGUCCAGCCGGUAAAAUGGUUCAGGUCGUACCUGGUGAUAGCUCAGAAUUGGAGAGGACUGUCUGCGUCGAGUGCAACGCAGGUACAUUCUAUAACAAGGAUACUAAAACUUGCCAGAACUGUGCUGAGGGAUCAUUUCAAAAUCGUACCGGACAAUUUUCGUGCGAGCCGUGCCCAGCGGGAACGUGGAGCAUGGGAGGCCAUUCUAAAAAUUUAAUGGAGUGUUUUGAAAUCUGUGAGCCAGGAGAGUAUACAAAGCAAGAAAAAUCUGGAGUUAUCAACUGCCUGAUGUGCCCAAUUGGAACAUACCAACCAAAAUUCCGCGCCACUAAAUGCGAGCCCUGCCCAGAUGGAAAAACAACUACACAGAAAGCUUCUACUUCCAUUAAAGAUUGUCAUUAACCCACUGGAUCUUGGGCUCUCCCAGUCCCAAGUGGAUAAAAGUUAAGCAUACAAGUGAAGAAAAUGAUUUUCUAUGUUUAGACCAAGAGAAAUUAUUCAAUACUGUAGAAGUAGAAAAUAGCUGUAAAUGGAAUGACAGGCAAACGGUUCCAAUUUGCCUUGAAAAUAAAUAAAAACUAAAGCCCAAA